CAUGGCAUAUGGCCAUGCCCUGGGUUAGGCCCCUAGGAUGGCUGAUUUGGCAGAGCAGCCAAGGGCUAGCCUGAGGCCGCGACACAACCCACUGACAUGCCCAGAGGUAAGAGGUUUGUUCGAUAAAAAUUGCACCAUAGUCCAUAGGAGAAGCUGGUUGUUGGAUUUGUUUUAAUACGCAAGAAGGCGAAAAUUGAUAGAUACAUACACUAGUCAUAUGUUCCACAAGUUACAUGGUAUGGAAAUGGAUUUCUUCCCACAUGAUAGGAGGAAAUCAACAUUCAAAAGCUACAAACCAAAACAUGAAAACUGAUAACAAUAUCAUAGCAUGCAUUUGAUUUUCAAUGUAGAUAAAACAAAUAACUUUGUUGAUUUACCAUGUUAUUGCAGAGUCAUUUGCUGCUUAUUGUCAAGAAAUGGCAGAAAGGAAAGCUGCUGAUCAAGAACAACUUCUUGUUGCAGUCGCGCUGACUGGAAGCCGAAAAAGCAAGUAUAUUCUGAAGUGGGCACUCGACAAAUUCCUUCCAGAGGGAGAUGUCACCUUCAAGCUCAUAUACGUGUACCCAAAAAUAACUUUAGUACCUACACCAAUGGGAACCUGGCUACCAGUAUCACAAGUUCGAGAAGAAGUUGUAAAUGGUUAUAGGCAGGAAAUUGAGUGGAAGAAACAGAGGAAAAUUCUCCCAUACCACAAAAUACUGAAAGCACAAAAGGUUUUUUUUUCCCCUUCCUACAACUUAUAUAGAAGAGUAAUAUUACUGGAGAGUGUAUAUCCUUAUUCUGUUAACGCGAUUUUUACUAAAACUGAAACUGUAUCGUCUGUAUGUACUGUAAAAUCAGAAAUUGUAGUACUUGAGUCAGAUGAUAUUGCAAUGGCACUCUCAUUGGAGAUCACUAGAAAAGCAAUAAGACAUCUUGUCAUCGGAGUUACAUCAACAAGCAUCUUUUCAAUGUCUCAUUCAGAAAAUCAAUUUUAUUGUAGGAAAAAUCUGACACUGAUCAGGGGAGAUGACCUAUCACAAGUCAUCUCAGAAAAUGUUCCUGGUUUUUGUUCAGUCUAUGUCAUUGGUGAUGGAAAGCUUCAGCAAAUACGUCCUGCAGAUUCUGAACAGAAUGUGAUACACAUGGAUGAAACAAGUAAUCUGUCAAGCACAUCGACAAGUAAUCUGUCAGGCACGUCGACUGAUAGUUCUUCUAGCUCUUCUUCACUUACAAUAGGCCGUCUAUUGAAAAGCAGGCCUUCAUCACCAAGAUACGGAAGCUUUGCUAGUGGCCCUCCCGCUUCAGAAUCUUCCACCUCUGUUUCCCAACCUAAACAGCACGAAUAUCUCCCAAGAAAUGCUGCUGGACCUAAAGUUUUAGCAAGAGAAACAACAGAACUCAAGCAUUAUUUUUUUAAGGAUACUAACUCAAAUGUUGGGAAUGCCAGUAUUCAGAGUCACAGUUCCAGCAGUGGAGACUCUGGAUCAUGGGCCUCUGAUCGAACAUCUCCUGGAAGUUCAUUCGCAGGGAUCCAACCUAAUGCCCAGUCACCUACAGGCACUCCAUCCCCGAGAUCUUUUCUUUACACUCCAUCUACUGGUUCUUUUGUUGGAAAUUCUCCUGCAGUCUCUUAUGCAGAAACACCCCCGACAGGUUUUUAUAAGGGCACUCCCCCUAUGGUCUCUCCUGUAGGAACUCCCUAUGCAGGCACACCUCUAGCACUCUCUCGUCCAGGGACUCCACCAGGAGGUGCUUAUGUGGACACUCAUGCAGUCCCUUAUGCUGGUACUCCACCCACAGGUUCUUAUGCAGGCACACCUCUAGCACUCUCUCGCCCAGGGACUCCACCAGGACGUUCUUAUGUGGACACUCAUCCAGUCCCUUGUGCUGGUACUCUAUCCUCAGUUUCUUUUUCAGGUAUAUCGUCAGGUUCUGAACAAAGUGCUUCUCCAAACCAGAUGUCUGAACUUGAAAAGCUGAGGAUUGAACUAAGGCAUAUUCAAAAAAUGUAUGAACUGACUCAGAAUAGUUCUAUUGAUGAACGGUUCCAAUUUCCACUUGAUCAGCUCCAAGAAAUGAGCAAGGAGCGAUUGGAGGAAGCACUAAAACUAAAGGAGGAAAAAUGUAAAGAGGUCGCUAGUAUUGAGAAGAACAAAACCAAAGCAGCACAAUUUGCAACUAUAGAUACAGGGGUAAAAGCUGAAAGAAAUAAACUCAAGAACAGAUCUGACAGUAAGGCUGCUCAAGAGGAGGAAAGCAAGAACAGGCUCAAAGAGCUGUUUGCAAGUCCAGCUGUUCAGUAUCAGAAGUUUACGUGGGAAGAGAUUGUGGAAGCCACUUCGUCCUUGUCAGAGGAGUUUAAAAUAGGGGCAGGUGCAUUUGGGAUUGUCUACAAGUGCAAGUUGCACCACACUACUGUGGCAGUAAAGGUCCUCCACUCCAAAGAUAGUGUCACAAACAAGCAAUUCGUUCAGGAGCUGGAAAUCUUGAGCACAAUUCGUCAUCCUCACCUGCUGCUGCUCCUUGGAGCUGUUCCAGAAGAGAGUUCCCUUGUAUAUGAGUACAUGGACUAUGGUAGCCUUGAUGAUGUAUUAUUUCAUAAGAAUGGCAAACCUCCUCUACCUUGGUAUGAAAGGUUCAGAAUCUGCUAUGAGGUGGCAGGGGCUCUUGCCUUUCUUCACAGCACGAAGCCAAGACCUAUUAUUCACAGGGACCUGAAACCAGCAAACAUCUUGCUUGACCACAACUUAGUAAGCAAGAUUGGUGAUGCUGGUCUAGGUACAAUGAUCAAUGUAGAGCCAUCCGAUAUGUCCCUGAAAACCAUAUACAAGGAAACUAGCCCAGUUGGUACCCUUUGCUACAUUGAUCCCGAGUAUCAGAGGACUGGAAGAGUUUCGACUAAGUCAGAUAUAUAUGCCUUGGGAGUGGUGAUCCUACAGAUACUGACAGCAAAACCAGCUGUCGGGAUAUCCUAUUUGGUCGAGGAUGCAAUUGAUGAAGACAAUUUGAUAGAAAUCUUGGAUCCAGAAGCUGGGGAAUGGCCAGAGAAGGAAACACUUGAGUUGGCGUUAUUAGGACUGCAGUGUUCUGAACUUAGAGGUAGAGAUCGGCCUGAUUUAAGAGAGAAGGUUCUUCCUGCCCUAGAGAAAAUGAAUGAAGUGGCUGACAGUGCCCGGGAUUUAGCUUCAAACGCCCAAACAGCAACACCAGUACACUUUAUCUGCCCCAUUCUUAAGGAUGUAAUGGAGGACCCAUAUGUGGCAGCCGACGGAUACACAUACGACCGGAGGGCGAUAGAGCAGUGGCUGACAGAAAAUGACACAUCGCCCUCUACAAAUCACCCACUUCCUCACAAGUUUAUAAUGCCAAACACGGCCCUGCUUGAGGCUAUUAAACAAUGGAAGUCAAAAAAUACAAGAUAACUGCACUUUGGGUGGAAAUUGACACUUUGCUGCAUAUACUACUGGCUUGGCUUUGUUUUGUAGAAGAGAGUGUUGAUACAAUGCACGGAACUUUAGCAAAUACUACUAACCUUCAAGAGGACCUGGAACGGGCAAGAUUGAUUAAUUUCUUCAUUGCACAAUUACAUUUUCUCUUAUGUAAUGUAAUUAUAUAUCCAUUCAUGAGAAGAUAAAUCAAAGUUAUUCCAUUUUUGGAUCAA